AUGAACAUACCUAUUGACUAUCAUGUUUUUCGGUUCUUUAAAGCAGCAAUUUCUUCAAAACAACGCAAAAUCGCACUUAUCGGAACUUUAUGUGGACUUUUAUGGAUAAUUCGCAGAUCGCAACAAAUUGAUAAUAAAAGAUUUCCUGAGAUAUCGCGAUCAAAGAAAAGCAAAAGGGUGCUAAAUAUCGAUUUCAUAAUCAAACUUUGCCAUUUGAUACAUGUCGUAAUUCCAGCUUGAAGGUCCCAGGAAUUCAUAAAUCUAUUUUGCCUGACUGCAGGAUUGGUAUUGCGAACUAUUUUAAGUAUUUCCAUUUCGACAAUUAAUGGCUCAAUAGUCAAAGCUAUAUAGCUUGAGCAUCCUUAUGGAUUGCUCAAGCCUUCAAUUCCUGCUGGCAAAUGGAGAGCCUGCAAAUCCAACUCUAGUUAGCAAGUCAUACUUCAAUUUGACAAAUAUACACGAUAUCGCAGGUAUGCAAUUUUAGGUCUGACUUGUCGCCUGGAGUUUAAUUUGUAAAAUCUCCAUUUUAGAGUAGAACUUGGAAAUUUGAGCAAUUCAUAAGGAUGGUGAAGCUAUAGUGAAUCAGGAUUUUUUAUUGUUUCUUAAAAGGGUAAUUUUUAUGUAGCUGGUGCAUUUAGGAAUGUUUGCAAUACCAGCCUCAAUGGUGAAUAGUGGUUUAGAGUAUAUAAUAAGAAAACUAUCACUGCAGUUUAGGCAAAGAAUGGCUCUGUAUUUGAAUGAAAAAUAUAUAAAAGGCCUUGUCUAUUAUCAGAUGUCCAAUUUAGAUAGCCGAAUCCCGAACCCUGACCAAAGAUUUACACAAGAUAUAGAAAAAUGGGCAAACUGUCUGAGUAACUUGUACUCAAAUUUGACGAAGCCUCUGCUUGAUAUUGUUUUGUUAAGUAGAAAGUUAUCUGAACUCAUGGGAUAUAAAGGCCCUCUUGUUAUAAUUGGCUGGUAUUUUAUAUCAGGGAUUAUCAUCCGCUUUAUCUCUCCACCAAUUAGCUUGCUAACUGCUCAGGAACAGAGAAAUGAAGGGAUUUAUAGGACUCUUCACACAGAUAUAGUCGACCAUUCAGAAGAAAUUGCUUUUUAUCAAGGCAAAGAAUGGGAGCUUAGAAGGCUGAGCCAGAUCCUCGGAGGGCUAGUGUCACAUAUAGAACUUUCUCUUCAAUAGCGCGAUAAGGCGCAUUUCUAGGUUUUACCGGAGGGUCUUGGACAUAUGAAAACCUGCUAUUCCUUAUUCAUGGGGGAGACACAAACAGCCUAAAUAAAGAAUUCUUUCUGAUCAAUCUCGAGAACUUGAAGAGAGGCUGUGUGGAGAAUUUACAUUUUGGUUCGUCAAAUGGAUCUGACGAGCCAAUUCUGGCCAGUACUUGAAAUAAAAAAUGAUAGUUGCCAGAAUUUUUAUUAAUUUUCUGAUGAAGAGUAUGAUUAGAAUUUUAAUAAUUCCUUUUGACAAUAAUGAUUACAGCAUUCAUUAUCAGCAAGUUUUUCCUUUAGAAAUCCUUGUUCCAUAUGAUCUCAACUACUCCACAAUUUGCUUUUGUAGAAAGAGUUAUUAGUUUUAUUAAGCAAAGAUUUAAGAGUAUUUAAGAAGGACUUAUUUUAUCAAAAUUAUUUUGAAAUUUUAAAAAAUUAUUAAGAUGGUUAAGUCACUAUGAAAAAGUCAAAACAAAAAAAAAAAAUCAUUACUGGUAUCGUCUCCCUAAGGCAGUAAAGAGUAUUUAUUACGUUAUCUUUAUGCUUAAAUUAUCUCUUUAAAUCUUCUAUUAAAAGUUUGAAUUUUGAAAUUUUAAAAAAAUUAUUAAGAUGGUUAAGUCACUAAGGCAGUAAAGAGUAUUUAUUACAUUAUCUUUAUGCUUAAAUUAUCUCUUCAAAUCUUCUAUUAAAAGUUUGAAUUUUGAAAUUUUAAAAAAAAAAUUAAGAUGGUUAAGUCACUACUUAAUCAAAUCUUGAAUUAAUUACUUGGUCCUGUGCCAUUUAUUAAAAUUCUGAUCAUACUCUUCAUCAGAAAAUUAAUAAAAUUCUGGCAACUAUCAUUUUUUAUUUCAAGUACUGGCCAGAAUUGGCUCGUCAGAUCCAUUUGACGAACCAAAAUGUAAAUUCUCCACACAGCCUCUCUUCAAGUUCUCGAGAUUGAUCAGGCAGAAUUCUUUAUUUAGGCUGUUUGUCUCCCCCAUGAAUAAGGAAUAGCAGGUUUUCAUAUGUCCAAGACCCUCCGGUAAAACCUAGAAAUGCGCCUUAUCGCGCUAUUGAAGAGAAAGUUCUAUAUAAAAUAUAUGCUGGCUAAGCGGUAUUUUAUGAGUGCCUGCGAUAACAUGCUAGUCAAAUAUGGUGCUGUCAUGGUAGCAUAUGGAGUAUUAGGGCUUCCUGUUUUUGGUAAUAAUAGCAGCGGUUAUUUAGCCAAAAUAGGAGACGAUCCUUCUGCAAUUACGAGAGAUUUCAUAAAAAACUCAAGUUUGCUGAUAAAUUUAGCUAAAGCUGUAGGAAGAAUGGUAGUGUCUUAUAAAGAAAUCCAGUCUUUAAUUGGAUAUACUUCACUUAUACAAGAAGCGGAUGAUGUAUUGGAUGAACUGGCUAGUGGAGAAUAUAAGCGAGAAAUGAUUUUAGACUCAGAGUUUUCGAAUUCUGAAAGAGGGAGACUGAUAAUUUCGGAUAAAAUCAAGUUUGAAGAUGUCCCGAUUGUGUCUCCUAAUGGGGAUUUACUAAUAAAAUCAAUCUCUUUUACUAUAAAUCCAGGAAUGAAUACCUUUAUACAAGGUCCAAAUGGAUGUGGGAAAACUUCAUUGUUCCGCAUUUUAGGACAACUUUGGCCUUUGUUUUCAGGAACAAUUGAAACUCCGCCAAUGAAUCAAAUUUUUUACAUCCCACAGCGGCCAUAUUUACCAUAUGGGAGUUUGAGAGAGCAGAUCAUUUAUCCACACACAAAAGAGCAGAUGCUGGCCCAAGGGAUCACUGAUGAGAAUCUUGAAGAAUUUUUAAAAUUCCUUAAAUUAGAUGAAGUUUUACUUCCCCGUGUGCAAAAAAAAUUUUGUUCGCUCACGUAGUGGGUUAUUUUUUUUCAAAAACAUAAAAAAUCCAAUUCGUAAAAAUUGAAAAGUAAAAAUUAAUUUAAUUUGCGAAAUUUAUUAAAAAUAAUUUUUUAAAAUUAGAUAUAAUUAGCUGGAGAUUUCAUUAUCAUUUAUGUAUCAAAUUUGGGUUUUUAGGCAAAAAUGGGAUUUACCAAUGAUUUUCUUCACUUACAGAGGGGGGAGAGAGUUAGAAAAACGAGGAGGCUUUGAACAAAUUGAAGACUGAAAUGACACCCUUAGUGGCGGCCAAAAACAAAGAAUUGCAAUUAGCAGAGUUUUAUACCAUUUGCCAAAGUUUGCUAUUUUAGAUGAUUGCACUAGCGCGAUAAGUAUGGAUAUUGAAGGGGAUAUUUAUCAGACUUUGAAAAAUAAAGGUAUCACAUUAAUAACAGUUUCGCAUAGAGAUAGUUUGAUGAAGUAUCAUAAUUACAUCCUCAAGUUUGAUGGAGAAGGAGGAUGGAACUUUUAUAAAAUUUUAAAUGAUAUUUAG